AUGUUUUAAAACAAGCCCUAUUCUUUGCACAUAUGUGGAAAUUUGAUUUGUCCCUGUAAGGGAUAUAGGAAGAGAGAAGUGUUGAUUUGUUUCCUCUCAGCACUAGACAAAUUUCACUGGCGAGAUCACUUUGUUCUCUCAGAAACACAUCAAAAGUCACAAGUGAUUUUUGCCCUUAAGUGACCUAGAAUGAAACAGAGCUUCGGACUUAGGAAUAUAAAGUGCUGCAAAAUGUAAAGUUAGGUUUUAGGGUGACCUAUAAUUUUAUCAUCUAAACUGGAAAACCUUUGCGAAUGAACAGGCGCUAUUACAUCAGGACAGCAGGUAGAGACCUGGGUAAUUUAUAAGAUUAAAUGAGAACAGUUUUGAAAGUAUUUUUUCACUUCACUGUGAGAAAUAUUGUGGACUGACUGUGGAAGUUACAUGACUACAGAGAGAAAUACUUCUUUCCUUGGAGCUUCCAAUUCCCACACCAGUAGACUGGAGUGGAAACUGGGCGUGGCCCCAUUGCCUUCUAAUUUUCAAGAUCUCACACACAAAUGGCCUACAUCUUUUUAUCACUUUCCUCUAGUGAGUUGGUAGCAAGUGGAGUUGCUACAAGGCCACCUGGGGACUCUUAAGGCUUCUAACUGCUAUUGUGGUCUGUUUGAUUGGAGAUUUCUUUUAUGCAGAUCCUUGUGGCCACAAUUGCUUUUCUUUUACCAAGUGCAGAGUACUCUUCAGUGGAAAUAGAUAAGAAGUUUAUUGUGUCCUUGCUCCUCUGCCUCUUGGAAUGGUGCAUGGCACUACCGGUAAAUGCCCUUCUCCACCCUGUGUCCACUGUGGUUCUGGAGGAACAGCACCCAUCCAGGGCCCCCUUGCUGGAUUAUAUUUACAGGGUUCUGCACUGCUGUGUUUGUGGCUCAAGCACAUACACCCAACAGAGUCACUACACACUAACACUGGCUGACUUGUCAUCCACGGAUUACGACCCCUUCCUGCCACUGGCAAAUGUCAAGAGCUCUGAGCCAGUCCAGUAUCAUUUAUCAGCAGAAUUGGGGAACCUGCUGACUGUGGAAGACGAAAAGAGGAGAAGAAGUGUGGAAUUGAUCCCUUUGACUGCCCGAAUGGUGAUGGCCCACCUGGUGAACCACCUGGGCCAUUACCCACUCAGUGGGGGCCCAGCCAUGCUGCACAGCCUUGUCAGUGAGAAUCAUGACAAUGCCCAUGUGGAAGGCACUGAGCUGUCCUCUGAAGUGUUCAGGAGCCCAAACCUGCAGCUGUUUGUAUUUAAUGAGAGUACCCUCAUCUCUUACCUUCAGACUCCGGCAGAAGGACCAGAUGGCACAUCACCAGGGGGUGCCCUCUCAGAUGUGAGAGUCAUCGUAAGGGAUAUCUCAGGGAAGUACUCUUGGGAUGGUAAGGUUUUAUAUGGACCUUUGGAAGGCAGCUUAGCACCCAAUGGAAGAAAUCCCUCAUUUCUAAUUUCGGGUUGGCAUCAUCACACAUUUGGACCUCAGAAGGACUUUUCUCAAAUUGAGGAGGGAGAUGAUGUCCUUGACAAAUUACUUGAAAACAUUGGCCAUACAAGCCCUGAAUGCCUCUUACCAUCCCAGGUAAAUCUAAAUGAGCCUUCCCCGCCCCCAUGUGGAAUGAACUGUGACCAAGAAAAGGAAAUCAUUGAGGUCAUUUUGCGGCAGAGUGCACAGGAAGACGAGUACAUCCAGAGGUGUAACUCUGAUUCUGCAAUGAAGGUCACUAGUCAAGAGAAGCCUUCACCUGUGGAGCCCCGAGGACCCUUUUAUUUUUGCAGGUUGUUGCUUGAUGACUUGGGAAUGAAUUCUUGGGACAGAAGGAAAAAUUUUCAUAUUUUGAAGAAAAAUUCAAAAUUAUUGAGAGAGCUAAAAAAUCUUGACUCCCGUCAAUGCCGUGAGACACACAAAAUUGCAGUAUUUUACAUUGCUGAAGGUCAAGAAGACAAGUGUUCAAUCCUCUCCAAUGAAAGAGGAAGCCAAGCAUAUGAAGACUUUGUUGCUGGUCUUGGAUGGGAGGUGGAUCUCUCAACCCACUGUGGGUUUAUGGGUGGCCUUCAGCGCAAUGGCAGCACAGGGCAGACUGCCCCUUAUUAUGCUACCUCGACUGUGGAAGUGAUUUUCCAUGUUUCUACACGGAUGCCAUCAGACUCAGAUGAUUCACUCACCAAAAAACUCCGUCACUUGGGGAAUGAUGAAGUCCACAUCGUCUGGUCUGAACACUCCAGGGACUACCGCAGGGGUAUUAUCCCAACUGCUUUUGGAGACGUUUCAAUCAUUAUUUACCCAAUGAAGAAUCACAUGUUCUUUAUCACGAUAACAAAGAAACCUGAGGUUCCGUUUUUUGGGCCACUGUUCGAUGGAGCCAUAGUGAAUGGGAAGCUGCUGCCAAGCCUUAUAUGUGCCACAUGCAUCAACGCCAGCAGGGCUGUGAAGUGCCUCAUCCCACUCUACCAGAGCUUGUAUCUUUUUGCUGUAAAUAUGUAAUUGAUUAACCCUCAUGGAAUCGAAAUUCCUGGCAGGUUUUCAAGGCAGGUAAGUAUUAAAAACUGAGUCAAAGAGAGAAUUUUUUUCAGUCUUUGUUGAAAUAAUAGUGUGAUUUUCAUACCAUUUGUUGAUUUAUAUUUGGUAUAGUGAUUUUGGGCUACAUCAAACUUAGGAAGAAUUUAUUUUCACAACUUACUCACAUAGGUUUGUGUCUGAGAAUCUGUGACUAUCAUGGAUGCUCAUGAUGAUUUGUUUUUCCCCAAGUUCAGACUCUUCCUUUAUCUUCUCUAUGUGUGGUACUUCAUCAUGUAUAAAGAGGAAUACAAAGCAAAAUAUAGCAGUCCCAUUCAGAACACCUCCCAGAAACCAAAAGCAAAUAAAAUAACUGUAAUAAACCAAAGAAUAUGGCAAGUGCCACCUAAGAAGUGCAAAUAGACUUCGAGGCAGUCAGAUGGAGAAAUUGCAGAUGCAAUUUGGAAGGAGAGAGGCAACCUGAAUGAAGGUGCAUGUGGACUUAUAGGUAAGAAUGGCUAGAAAUUCUUUCAUAAUUCCUGUAAUCAUUAAUAUUUCACCUUUUAAUUCCUGACCUUGUCUCUAAAAAUAGAAGAAAUUUCACUUUCCUAAUUUUUCUCUCAAAAAUUGUCAUGCUAUAAUCCUUAAAUCUGAACAUGAUCUCUAAGUAGAACAUAAAGAGAUUAAGGUGAGUGACUUCAUAUAAUUGUGUCAAAAAAUAUCUGACCUCCUAAUAAAAGUUAGAAUUUCUUUGUUUCUAAUCAGUAUUAGUAAUGAUUAAAAAGGCAUUUUGUUUGACUUUUCUCCACAUACUUCUCCCAGCCUAACUGCAGUUGAUACAUUGCUAACAGGUAUAGGGUAAAUGAGAAGUAUCACGUGUAAACAGAUACAGUUCAUGAAAAAUACCUUUCAUUAAAAUCCUGAUCACUUCAUUGAUCAGAUUUUAAAAAAAUACGUAUGCCAUGUGGCAACGUAGAAUUGUCAUAGAAAUUAGUAGUAGAAAAGAACUAUUAAGUCCCAUCUGGUCCCUCCCCUGGGGCCAGGCCACAUUAUUCCCACUAGCAUACUCUUGCUUUAUCCAGGCUGGUGAGGAGUGUUUGGAAGAUGGCAUUCUCUGCAGAGACUUCCACAGCACUCUAGACUUAAUCUUAUGGCUGCUGGUAAUUUGGUCUCUAGCCUAGAGUUUUUAUUUCACAUGCAGUUUAAAGGAGCUUCUUUAAAUGAGAAAUGAGAGAGACCUAUUCGGUGGUUAACUUGUCAGUUUGAUUACCAGCAAGGAUGAGCUGGGCACCAUCAGUCAAGUAUGUUGGACCAAGGCAACAAAAAAAGAAUCACUUGCAAAUAAGGAGAUUUCAUUUUAUGUAAGUCCAUUGUGAUUUUUGUCAAGCCACCUUCUCUACUUACCAAACUUUGUUGAACAUACUUUCUCAAAUAAAUAAUAUGGCAUCAUGGAGUAAUCAGGCUUAAGAAAAACAAUAUUUUUUAAAAGUUCAAAACAUAGUAUCCAGUAUCAUUUUAAAAACUUUCCAAGGAAUCAUAUCAGGAUGAAUGUAGCUGUCAGCUGAAGCUACUGAUGCUGAUGUGGGUUAGUAAAUUCUGUACUCUAAAACAGCUCAUAAAGUAGACAACUUGACAUUUUAGGGGACAAAUUGGCACAGAAAUUAGGAAAAAGUAACAAUCUGUUAAUCAUAAAAUUUUUAAAUAUUGUAUUUUAUAUUUUGAGAAAGUUUAAUUGGUGCUAUUCCAAUAAAUUAUUUAAAAAAUAAAUCAACUAUUCAUAUUUUUAUAAGAUGUAAUCAUGCAAAACUUUAUAACCAUGUAACUACUCUAUUCUUUGCUUUCUGUCUGCAGAAGGGCUAUAUUCAGGCCAGAAAUGAGGGAUAUAAGAGAAAAUGAGGAAAGUGGAAAAAAGAAAAAAAAGCGAAUUUUUAUAUUUUCGGUCUUUAAAAUAUGUACUAAUUUUUAAAGCUAUAUAUGUGCCUUUGUUGGCUAUUAAUAAUUAACUAUUCCCUUAACAUUUAUUAAAACAUCCAGGUUCACACAUUCAUUGUCAAAAAUUUAAGCCCAUUUGAUUAUGUCAUAGCUGAUGUCUGGAAUUUGCUGCUUCAUUGACACAAGUCUUAGAUUUGAAUUUUGAAAAACACUGAAUAACCUAACAAAUCCUAAUUAUGGGUAUCUAAUUACAUUUAUUCAUUUACUAAACAAACAGUUCCUGGGGACUAUCUGCCAAGUCCUGUGCUAGAAGCUGAGGCUAUAGCAGUGAACAAGGGAGACCAGGUUCUUGAUAGUGUGCUUCACAGAGAAGACAAACUAAGGAAUGCAUAAGCUAAUUGAGAGAAAUUCUAUGAAGAAAUGAAUAGAGAGUUGGGUUGAACAAGGGACAGGGCAGGAGAGAGGCCUCGCCAAGGAAACAAUGUAUAGGCAGACAUUAAAGGAUGAGAGAGAAGUAGAUCUCAAGAGCAGGGGUGACAUUUUGGACUAAGGGCACAAGGGCUCAGUAUUCUAGAGUGGUAAAUUGUGUUUUGUGGAGACUGUGUCCAUGUUCAAGUUCAUCAAGAUGCCUAUGACAGACCCAUGAACCAACUUUGGCAGAGAUGGUGUUAUGAGUGAUCCCAAGGAAGCCUCCUUGACUCUUUCUUUUAAUGCACACCUCAGAAGUCCUCACCUUAGUACAGCAUCCUUGAGUGAGCAGCCAGGUCUGCCUGAUGGAGGGUAACAGGUGAGGAGGGAGCAUAGGAACCAUCAUCACCCCACCAAGCCCAUAUAAGCCCCUUAAGGGCUAAAGAGAUUAGCAGUAUCUUGGAUCCAGGGCCAGUGACAUAACCUGAGGGUCUUAGUGCACAGUAAGUAUGUGGUAGUCUUUUUUUAAAAAGUAGGGAAAGUGCUUUUAAUGAUACUAAAAUAUAAAGCUUUUUUCAUUCUUCUGUAAUCUCCUGACUUGUCAUAGUAUUCUUAUAUAUGCUAUUUCUAAGUAAUGUCAGAUUUUUUAAUUAUUAGUAUUAAUUUAUCUAAUGCUACCAUUGUUAGUUUAACUGCAAUGUUAGUUUAACUGCAGUUAAACUAACAUAUAU